AUGUAUCCUGAGUGCAAAUGCGCACUGUGCGGGGUCCAAUGGGUCCAAGCAACUCUCCUGAUGAGGGCCCAGCGCGCGUCCUUCUCUGCGUUCCAACUCCCGCCCUCCCAUCUGUCGUCUUCCUCCCGCCACUGCCAAAAGGCUCCGCUUGCGCCAGGGUCCAAGCUGGCAACCAUGAUGUGCGCGGCCAUAUCGAACUUGGAUAACCGGCGGCAACGCCGAUACACGAAUCGCCUUCGCGCGUGCACUAUGAAUUUUGAACAUAUCAUCAAGGCGCGAACCUGCUACCGCGAGCCAUUGGCCAUGACGGGGUCGGCUUCUGAAAACCUCGUGGCAUGA